GGAAAAAAAAGAAUAACCUUUUUCCCGCAGCGAAACUUUCCACAAUUGAACGGGUUAUAGAUCUGCUCCGAUCAUCGGAUUAGGGUUUUCGCUUUUCACCCUCCUUUUCAUCUCCCUGUGUGGCUAUCUAUACGUUCUCUAUAUGUUGAAUUUUGAUUCUUUAGAAUCAUUGCUUCUUGAUCGGGUAGAAAAUUAUUGGAAUUUUGUUAUUUAUAUUUAAUCGUAGAGACGAGAAGCGAAUUGUAACUUGGUGAGUUGACUUUCGAUUGCGUAUGAUUGAUUUUGGGUUUUGGGUUCAUUGAUUCGAGCUUCCGUUACUUCCGGAAAUGAUGGGUUUUUCGUUUUGAUUUUUGAUCCGAUGUGAUUUUGGAAAAUCGUGUUUUUUUUCAAUUGUGUGGAGUCCAAUGGAUUUGGAGAGUGAAAGCUCUGCGCUUGAGUCUGUUGACGAUAAUGGUUUGAUCCAACAAAGCUCCAUCAACACUGGUGAUGAUGGUAGGAGUUUGGAUAACGGGUCUUUCUCAGAUGAGAGUGUGAAACUGGUUACGGCUUCUACAGCGACAACCAGUGAGAACGAAACAUCUGUCGAACUCGCUAAACCGGUGAAUUUUGAUUCACCAGGUGGUGCUUACUCUCCGGUAUCAAAAGGUCGUGGCUUGAGAAAAUGGAGGCGGCUUAGGAGAGACCUUGUUAAAGACACGUCUGCGAAUAUGGAGAAUAGUAAAGUUCUGAAGAGAGGGUUGUCCGGUUCUGCUCAUUCACAUGGUAAACAAAUGCAGUUUCAGUCACCGGAAGCCGAGCAAGAUAGUCAAGGAUCUGUUGGGUCUGUGAACAUGUUAAGAAAUGUCGUUGAUGGUUUUGAGAUACUUAGGACUGGUUAUGAUUCUAGGUUUAUGGCUGGGGUUGGUUUUUCAGCUGGUAUGGAUUUAGAAAAGGAUGAUGAUCGGAGUAGUAAGUCCUCGACUGCUGCAAGAGCCCCCAAGGUUAUUAGGUAUGAAAAGCCAAUGAUUAGUUCAGGUCAGAGAGGGAAAAUUCGGGUAGAGAAUAGUAAAAAGCAUAGAGGAGAUAGUGUCGAAAUCGAAAAGGAAAACUCUCAUUCCAGCUUGGAAUCUGAUUCAAGAAAGCCAAGUGGAAUAAUGGACUACAAUGGAAAAAAUGGCGAUGAAGCCGAUAUCAAUGGAGAAACUUCAAAGAGAAAUGAUUAUGCGGGAGGAGAAGGUGAAGACAGUCGUUUUUCAGAGGAACUGGAUCCAUUAGUAGAUACCAGCUACGGUUUCCUCAGCUUGCAAGAAGCUCUUGAAAAAGAGGUUCAGCAAUUCCGGGAGAUUGGGAAGGAACCGAUGCCACAACAUCAUGAAGGAGCCAGUGAAGUAAAUUCACCUCGCUCGGAGACUGUAACCCUUGUGAACAAUGUAGAACAGCUGGAGAUCAAGCUAGAAGAAACAAGAUCCAUGAUUGAGGUUAAAGAAUCACACAUUCGUGAGCUUGAAUCAAGUACCAACCAAAUCAAACACUCAUGGGGAGAAACAGGAAACAUUCAGGCGGUUGUCGAAGACAUCUUCCGGCAAAGGAUUGAGUCCGAGAUUGAAUAUCUGAUAUAUUCAAGAUCCAUUGAUAACUUGAACAGUCAGUUGAAGAUGACCGAAGAACAAGAGGCAUUGGCAGGAGAGCAAGCUCAUGAGACACUGAACAAGCUCAAAGAAGUAGAAACGAAGGCAGAAAAUUUAACAAACAGAGCUCAAGACCUACAAAAGGAGUGCGGAGAAACCACUGGAACCAUCAAGAAGAAGGCAUGUAAGACCACUUCAUGCUUUCUUAUACAGUUAGUAUUGCUACUACUAACAGUAGUUUUGUUGUUCAUGCCUCAAUUUUUGCCGGACACAGAUAUUGUUGUACCCACAUGAUCCUUUUUUUGUUUUUUUUUUUUUGUGUGCAAACUGAGUUUUUGUUUUCUUGGCUUUUCGCAUUUCUUGUUAACAUUUCGGCUAUAAGUUUUGCCUCUGGUGAUAGAAUAAAGCAAAUACAAGUCUCGCUUCUU